GUGCAAUAAAGUAAUUCGCUGUGCGUGUUUGUAUUUUGAUUGUGUAUUAAAUUAAUUGUUUUCCACUGCUGUUACAAUGUAAUGUUAUGACCGUUAUAUGCGCAAAUUCAAGCUAAAACUUACUUAAAUCUAGUGCAAAAAUGUUUUCCGCCUCAGGUAUUCGAAUGCUAGCAAAAACCACACGUAAAAAUGCGACUUUGAAUUUGAUCAGCCAACUUCGACAUAGAUCAUCAACACCCAUAAACACAGUGGUCAUGUUUGUUCCUCAACAAGAGUCUUGGAUUGUGGAAAGAAUGGGUAAAUUCCACAGAAUACUAGAUCCUGGAUUGAACCUGCUAAUUCCAAUCAUCGAUAGAGUAAAAUAUGUGCAAAGUUUAAAGGAAAUAGCCAUUGAUGUGCCCAAACAAAGUGCCAUCACAUCAGACAAUGUCACCCUAAAUAUUGAUGGUGUGCUCUACUUAAGAAUUAUUGAUCCAUACUUGGCAAGUUAUGGUGUUGAGGAUCCAGAAUUUGCAAUUACACAACUUGCGCAAACCACAAUGCGUUCCGAACUCGGCAAAAUCUCACUGGACAAAGUAUUCAGAGAAAGAGAGAAUUUAAACGUGAAUAUUGUUGAUUCCAUCAACAAAGCAAGCGAAGCCUGGGGCAUCACCUGUCUGCGUUAUGAAAUCCGCGAUAUUAAACUCCCCAGCCGCGUGCAGGAAGCAAUGCAGAUGCAGGUCGAAGCCGAGCGCAAAAAACGCGCGGCCAUCUUAGAAUCCGAAGGUGUACGAGAAGCAGACAUCAACGUAGCCGAAGGUAAAAGGCAAGCAAGAAUCUUAGCGUCUGAAGCAGAGAAACAGGAACAAAUCAAUAAAGCAUGCGGUGAAGCGGCCGCCAUUUUGUCCGUGGCCGAAGCACGCUCAGGAGGACUUAAAUUAGUUGCGAAAGCUUUGGAGGAGAACCUCGGCUCGAAUGCGGCUUCACUCAGCAUAGCCGAGCAGUAUGUGCAUGCGUUUAAUAAACUCGCGAAAUCAACAAACACGCUCAUUCUUCCGUCGAACGCCGGUGAUAUUUCCAGCAUGGUUGCACAGGCGCUUGCGAUUUACAGCAAAGUAUCACCAUCACCGCAGAAUACUCUAGCCACGCUCCCGCAGAAAAAAGACUUGAAUAUGUCCGCGAUUAAGACCGAAAUCAUGCCACCGAAGAGCAACGAUGAUUUAGAUGAAUAUUUCAGCGACGAGGAUGAGAAGAAAAAGUUUCUGAACCAACAGAACGUUCCAACAUUGACUAACAAGUAGAGAGAUUGAAGAAUUCCGGCGUCGUAGAAAUAUUUUAUGACUAUUCGCAUUCUCUGCUGAUAUAAUGCUUCGUUUCGGGAGAUGAAAUCAAACUGCAUUGGCAUUUCAAUGUGUUUCCGGGCUUCCAAUUCGUCUUUAUCAGCUGUCAUCAUUUUUAAAAUAAUACCAGCCAUGAUUAAACCUUUCAGCGAAUAAUUUCUCCAUUCAUAUUGUAGUGUAUCCCAGGUAUAAACAUCCGGACAAUUUAAUUGUGAUAAAUGUGUUUGUAAACUUUCAUGAUACACUUUUAGGUAAACAUCAAUGUCAUUGAAAAAUUCAGGUGUGCAUGCGCAUGUUGAUAUAAAAUAAGAUAAAUCAAUGACUGGUGAUGUUUUGCGGAAUAUUUGAAAAUCCAAAAUACAAACAUCUUUCGGUUUAGGUUCAUCUACAUCAUAACGAAACAUGUAAUUAUGUGUCCAGCUAUCACCAUGCACAAAAACAUCACUUUCUGAUAACAGUGCUAAUUUCUCAAGGUAUGCAACCUGUCCAUGACUUAAAAAGUUUGCUAUUGCUUCGAUAUAUUCAAACUCUGUUUCCUGAUCGAAGCAAUCCGCUAAUUUUUCAGUUAAACCUUUAUAAAAACCAUUGUUUAUUAA